AUGCGAACGUCUUGGAGCUAAAUUGAAUCUACUACAUUGAAAAGCAAUGGACUCGAGUCCUACACGUGAAUUACCCCUUAUAGUGUUAUGAGGAUCGACGCGGAAAUCCCACGGAAAUGGCUUCAUCUGUUGGGGAACUUCUUCUACUGAUCCUUUUGACACUCUACUUUUGCGGUAGGACCUAUGCUCAGCGAUGCCCACCGGAGUGUCUUUGCAGUCCCCCUGACAACAGUGUGUACUGCAGCGACCAGCGACUAACUAGUCUCCCGGUCAACAUCCCGAGAUACGUUUCUAUUCUCAGUCUACACAGGAACAAGAUUAAAACGUUGGGUCGUGGCCAAUUCCGAUCAUUGACAAACCUCAACACCUUAGAGCUCAGUGCUAAUGAGAUAUCGGAAAUCGAGCCUGGCACAUUCAUUGGACUUGGAGAUCUGAGAACCUUGGAGCUGAAUAAUAAUAGACUUACAAGUAUCGAUGGAGCAAUAUUCCAAGGCUUAACUCGCCUCAACAAUCUAGGAUUGAGAAACAACCCUCUCUAUUGCCUUCCUAAGUAUGCAUUCUCGUACGUACCCUCAUUAAAGUUUCUAGACCUUGGAAGACUGUUCAAACUUCAGGCUAUUUCGAAGAAUGCUUUUGCAGGAUUGAAGAAUCUUGUAUAUCUUAACAUGACGGAGUGUAACCUCGUGACGGUUCCACAUCUAAAGCACUUAGAAAGCCUGGAGAACUUGGACCUAUCCAGAAACUCCAUCGACAAGCUGGAGACUGACAAUUUGGCGGAGCUGAAAGGCUUAGGGAGUUUGAGGAUGCCAUCGAAUCUUUUAUCUGAAAUCGAACAAGAUAGCUUUGAAGAUUUGGGGUCACUUAGGGAGCUGGAUCUAUCGGACAAUUACCUAACGAUUCUUCCGUUCGGGCUCUUUUCUAAUAUGAGAGCCCUGACCAAAGUUAACUUGGGAGGAAAUCCGUGGAACUGCACUUGCGAAGUCACGUGGCUCGUCACCUGGUUGCGACGAAAAACUCGGAGUGACCCAACCAGAGAGUCCUGUGGAAGAUGUCAGUCUCCCUGGAGGUUCCGUGGGAAGUUACUUUGCGAUGUUCCGGUGACUAAAUUGAAAUGUUCCCCGCCACAAAUCACUGACGUGCCGAGGGCCCUGAAUGUGACAGCCGGGGGGAACGCCACUCUCCAGUGCAACACCGGCGAUUCAAAAGAGACGGCUGUGAACUGGAUAUCGCCGAACGGUACAAUGAUUCGAAAAGGUUCUUUUAAGCUAAAGGUCAAGUUUUCUGGAGGCCAAAGUUUGAACUUCGCCAGAGUCUCAACAUCUGAUGCCGGAAUUUACAGAUGCGUUGCGAGGAAUUCGGCAGGAACGACGACUUUAGACACCAUUCUAAACGUCACGGGAAGUGUGCUUCCGAUCUUCCGGGCGACAGAAAUACCUAUAAACGGUGAAGAGCCAGAAGACGACAACCUGUGCCAGAGGGCCUUUGACAAGGCCACUUCAACUGUGAGCGGUGACUCGCAGAUUACGUGGCAGCGGGACUCCAAACCAACGCCCGGAAGGACUAACGAAACCUUUAAAACGGCGGAAGAACCUCUCCCAACUGUCUUCGAACCUGGCUUUGACAUGACGAAAAAUACAGAUAAACACUCUUCCAAAGUAGAUCACCAAAAGUACAUCAUCGCAUCCAUAGUGUCUGUGAUAUCGUUUGGUUUGCUGGUAUGGCUUGUGUUCUUCCUGUUGCUGAGAUGGGAUUUCUGUUGCCCUGCCUCUAGAUUCUUGGCAAAGAGGCGAGAACAUAGAACAAAAGCUCAGAAAGACGACGAUCAUUACAGGACACGAUGUUGUGGACUACGUUGUUGUCUGCAUCCACCAGACAAGGAUGCCCCCAUCGAAAUCCCAGAGCCCUUGCAAGGCUACCCGGCACUGGAGCUUACCAAACUAGAGCAGGGAAAAUUGAACACCAUAGAGGUCUAUAGCCAAGCAGAACUAAUAAAGGACACGAAGGAGUUCGUAGAUGUCGAUUCACUUAAAAGUGGCUUAGACAUAGACUGUGUGAAGAUCAAAGACACUGAUCUAAGACAACUGAAACUACAUACUCCUGAAAAGAUUGUCAGUAUACAGCGUGAGAAGACAUUGGAGAGUUUUCACCCCAUAACAUCCUCGGAUAUAGAACAUUCUCGCACACUCCACAAGAGUCCUGGUACGUCCAAGCAUAUUUACACUCCUGUGAAAAUACCAGACUUCCAUAGAAAUAUCACUGAUGUCUACAUUAUACGGAAAGAUCCUGAUUCUAGCUGCAUUGUUCCUCAGGUAUUGGAUGCUUCGGUGAAGGAAACCGGCGUUUAG